GUGUGUGUGUGUGUGUGUGUGUAUGUACGAAUGUGUGUGUGUGAGUGAGUGAGUGAGUGAGUGAGAGUGUGUGUGUGUGUGUGCGUGUGUCGCCGCCGCCCGGACAGCGGGAGGAAAGGAAUCGUCCGGAAAAAAAAAAAACAUGGAACUGACGGCAAUUGGAGACCGAGUUUUUGCCGCUGAAGCUAUCCUGAAACGCCGCGUGAGAAAGGGCAACAUCGAGUAUCUGGUGAAAUGGAAAGGAUGGGCACUGAAGCACAGCACGUGGGAACCCGAGGAGAACAUCCUGGACGAUCGGCUCAUCACGGCGUUCGAGCAGAAGGAACGAGAGCAAGAGCUUUACGGCCCGAAGAAGCGGGGACCUAAACCAAAAAACUUCGUGCUCAAGGCACGUGCUCAAGCAGGCGAGACGUCGUCCCGUGCAUCCAGUACCCGUCAUGCCCCUCCAUGCCCUUCCUCCUCAUCGCCGGUUCCUCCUAACCCUUCGUCUUCGUCAUCCCUGGCACCGACACCCAGGUUGCACUCUCUGGCUGCCUCACAUAAGCUCAAGAAAGAUAUUCAUCGCUGCCACCGCAUGUCCCGGCGACCUUUGCCCCGUCCUGACCCUGACGGUUCCUCCUUCGUUUCCCGUUUGCCAAUCUCUCCGUUCUCUGAGACUGUGCGCAUUUUGAAUCGCAGGGUCAAACCACGUGAGGUCAAGCGUGGUCGCAUCAUUCUCAACUUAAAAGUUAUUGAUAAAUACGGCGGUGGGACAACCAAAGGACACCAUGGAAGGCCGCAGAUCCCAUCCCGGAAUCGUAUCAUUGGGAAGAGGCAAGGAGACAUGCCCUACAAGCCGUUCCAACCACCCAUGAAGAUGCCUGGCUUUCCUAUGUACGGCCAGCCGUUUGGGCUCCAGCCGUGCCCUCCUGCUUCCGCAACUGGUACGAGAGCAGGAUCUGCUAUUGGAAGUAAAACCAGAGCUCAUUCCUCAGCAGAUUCUUCCAGGGUUCGUAUCCAGUCGCCCCCUUCUCCGUCCAGCUCCAGCAGCACUGAAGGCGACACUCCCUCUUCACCGCAACUUCAGUCACGUAGACAACAAGCUCAGCUCGCCGCAACCUCAUCCUCACCUCUGGCACUGAGCACAGAAACCUCAUCCCAAGCUCAUAAUCAAUCCACAGGAACCAAACCUGGAUCUUCAGCACCUUGUCUACCCUCCUCUCCACCCCUCUCUUCUUCUUCAUCCUCACUGUCGUCGUCACCAGAAGACAAAAAAAGAAGGGCACAGAAUUUCCCCUGUGUGGGAAGGGGCAGGAAAAGAAAGCCACGUUGCCGAUUUCAGGCAUCCGAUCCCUCGGAUGAUGGCACUGAGAAGACAGUGCCUAAACAAGGUGACCCCAACUGGCAUCCUAAGCGGACACCCGGCUGUGCCAAUGAUGCCGUUACCAAUGUUCAUUAAGGAGUGCUGCCAGUCUAGAGCAGCUUCCGGUCCCCCAUCACCGUCCCACGCUGAGAAUGCCAAAGCUUCCAACCCUAGUCUUCUUCGGUUACUACUAACAGUAUCCCAUUCACCCCUUGACCCCCCCAAAAGAACUUGCCAUUAGAAUAUUCACAAAAAACAACGUUGCCAUCAAUGAAAUUUAAACAUAUUUUUUAAAGAAAUGAAGUUCUCUAUAUAUAUAUGGACUGGCAGAGUGCUUGUUCUGAUUUACUGCACAUUGACCCGAGAGAUUCCGUGUCAUUGGUGACCCUGUUCUUCAGUGACCGUGUGGAACUCUGGGGCUGCAAGAUGAACAAAAUGCCAUAUUGUAGUAAUAUUGCUUCAUAUUGCAAUUGCAAUAAGGCUUGCAAUAUAUUAGAAUUGAUCAGCGAAUUCCUGACAUGACUGCGGCAACCUGAACGGUUUGAAGGCUUGCCUGCAGCCUUCUGCAAUACUUCAAUACCGCAAAUGUCCAUAUAUUUGCGAGAGCGGUUACCAAGAUAUGUUACAUUUAACCCUAGAACUGUGCCUGCUUUUGGUGCCGUCAGUGCUGUAGACACCUUAGCAUGAGAAAUGAGUGUGAGUAAGUUAUGCUUUGUUGUGGUCCGUAAAGAAUGCAGCGUGUAUUGUAACCAAUCCGUCCUUCUCCACCGUACACCCCGACACAGACCAUUUAUUUUGCACGCACAACGCAAGACUCUUCUUGCGACCUUUCAAUUCUGACCCUGUGCUCUACCCCCUUACCGGAAGAUACGUCCACCAAGACUCUAAACUGCCGGUGUUUCCACAAAUACACCAAGGACUGCAUCUCAAGAUUGCUACUGUACAUCAUUUCUCUUCCCUGUUUCUUGGAGUCGUAUUUGCCUUCUGGAGUAGUUUGUAUUUGGUGUGAUCGGUGUUUUAUGGGCUUUCAACAGACGUUGGACUGGUUUGAGAACCGUGAAGCAGUGACUUCUACAAAUAUAUAAGCCUUGAUUGAUGAGACCUUCAUGAACAACUGAUGCUAUUUGGAAAGAUUCCAGAAUAUUUUUUCUUAGCACCACGUGUCACUUCUCAAACCGGUCCAGCAGUUGAGCUUUUUGGUCCGACUCGGUGCUAACAUUGACAGAUCAGACCUGGGAUAAAAACAGUCUAACUUAUGAUUUUUUUCAGAGCUUCCUGCAAAAGGGCUCAUGCGAAUGUGAAUGGUGGUUUUGUGGGUUUCCGGGUUUCAUGUGCGCCAUUGGUCGUAUCCGACUUCGGGUGCGUUCCAAGUGAAAUCGCCAUGAAUUCAGAGCAAAACCGGACUGAUUCUGCGAAAUCGCUGCAAUGUAUUUAUGUCUGCUUAUGAAAAUAGAAAUGAAGUUUCUGGUGAAUAGGAUCAUGUCGGCGUCACAGAGUUCAUAUGGCAGCUAACUUGGCUAACUGUGGUGAAGAAUAAUGCAAUGUGAGAAGGCUUAUUUAUUUAUAGGACUCAUUUGAUGAAGCAUAGCCACCGACUCGCUCUAAUAAUCCUGCACAAAUCUUAAUUAAUGUGCCUUUGGGAACUUUGGGUCAGGGGAAUAUUGGGAAAUGUGGUUUGGUGGGGGCUUGGCUGUAGAUAUAGCUUUUCUUUAUGUUUAUUUUUUGUCCUAGUCUGAAUUUAUAGUUUGUUCUUUUUGAGGUAACAUGCUUACAAAUUGGUAGCAGCCCAGUGGGAGUGUACUGUAGCCAUUUUUACUUGUAGCCAGUUGUGUGUAACUGACCAAUCAUCUGCAAGUCUGGCGUUUGGAGAGAUUUCAAAUAAAAAUUAUUUUUUUGUGGAAAGUUAAGUGGUGUAAGUCACUUUCAUGACUGGUAUGAUAAGUUGGUGACUUCAUUUUUUACCUCCCUGCUAAUUAAGCUAUCCAGCUAGCCAGCAUGAUAAUCUCGAUUAAUCUGAAUUAAUUAAACUAUUGAAUUUAUUUGAACUUAACUUUAGCAAUCUCAUUUUUAAUUUCUAAAACGUCCCCAUUGAUACAAGAUGACCGAUAGUGCAGUUGUGAAAGAUGUUGCUAACAAGGUUGCCUCAAAAAGUCAAUCAUGUAUCAUUACGUUUACGAUAUUUUGUUCCAUUAUUUUAUAGUAAUGUAUUUUAAAGCUCCUAAAAGUGAAGUUUAUCCCAGGUCUGGGAGAGAUGAACUCCGUGACCCACUCCUUCCUCCGGUGCUGGCCCUCCGCAGGCCACCUCUUGUAGUGCGUCUGUGUUAUAUAACACUACGUGAAGCAUGUGUCGCCUUUGACCGUUUAACCUAGGAAGUGCUCCAAAGUACCAAAAGUCGAGUCUUUGUUUACCUGUGUGUACCGUGUGCUAGAGAAUAGCCGUAGGAACCGCUGAGGUGGUUCGUCAUUACUCGAAGUUAACCAGUGGCCUAUGUUUUAUAUUUAAUAGGGCUCGAAAAAGGUUUUCGGACAAUAGCGUCACCUAAUAAGACCUGGCACUUUCAGAGAGGUGUAAAUGAUCCGGAGGGCUUUUUUUUAAAAAAUAUUUCUGUACUGUAGGAGUGAUGUAUUGAGUGCCACAUUUCUUUUAUAGCCAUCCUUGUCCUCUUUGAGUAGUUUCGGGUUUUGGGUCGGAGUGAACUAUUACACCCAAACGCCAAGCUAAGUGUGUACUCUGAAACGUGUAUUUUAUUGUUUUAUGUAUUGAUAUUAAGUUGAUGACUAUAUUAAUGAAGACGAUGACGAUAACAUUGUAAUGUAUCUGAUGCAUGUACUGCAGUAUCCUAAUUGUACAGGUCAUUUAAGUGUCAAUUAUCGGUGUUGCUUUGUGUGUUUCUCUUGUAAGAUGCUUUUAAUAAAAGUCACCCCAAAGACA